AUGGAUGAGGAAAUGGCUGAGAAGGAACCUGCUGUUGACUCCCCUGCAAGGGACCUUCCAGCUGCUGAAAAUUCCAAGGAGCAGGAAGGGGAGUUUCAGGAGGAUGACAUUGAGUUGGAAGGGGAGGAGGACAUUCUGCAUGCUGAAAUUGCUAAGCUGCAGGAUCAUGCUGCAAAAAUUGACCUGAACAACAUGGAUGAGGAAAUGGCUGAGAAGGAACCUGCUGUUGACUCCCCUGCAAGGGACCUUCCAGCUGCUGAAAAUUCCAAGGAGCAGGAAGGGGAGUUUCAGGAGGAUGACAUUGAGUUGGAAGGGGAGGAGGACAUUCUGCAUGCUGAAAUUGCUAAGCUGCAGGAUCAUGCUGUUGAGCAGGAUACGCGCAUCCAGCAGCAGCAGUCACUCAUCACCAACCUCACGAGGGAGGUCUCUGACCAGGACGACAGAAUCAAGUACCUGGAAGUUGAGCUUAAAAACAUGAAGCAUGAUGCGCGCGAGCACGUUCAUCAGCUGGCGAGGCAGACCUCAAAGAUCAACGAGCUGCGCGAGGCUUUCAGUGCCCUCCGAAGGGAGACCAUGUAUCGCCCUGCACCACGAGCGGACCCGCCUGCCAACUCUGCUAGCGGUCGCACCAACCCUUCUCGCUCUGGUGGUGCAGUGGGUGACCCUGGUCCUUCUACGCAGCGCGCUGCUGAGCCGAGCACGCAGGCUUUUGGCUCUCUGCCAAUCACCCUGCCGCCAUUCAUCCAUGGCAAGACGGACGUGGCUGCGUGGUUGUCGAUGAUGACCGACCUGUUCAAGGCGCACAAGGUCCAAGACGACGCUCGCGUCGUCGCUGCCACCACCGUGCUAGACCAGAAUGCACAGCGAGUGGUGUAUGGCAGCAAGAUCCAUGCUGAGGCGGAUAGGAAGCCGUUUGGGUGGGAGGAAUUUGCAUCUGCACUCAAGCAAGCUUUCCAGGUCCAGCCGACUCAGCUGGAGGUGCGCAGCCGCCUUGAGAAGCUGCAGUGCGGGAACCGCACAGUGCAGCAGUACGCCGUGGAGUUCGAGGAGAUCUAUGGGGCUGGGGAGGCAUGGAGGUCCUACGAUCACGUGAAGCGCGUGGUGGGGACUACCGAUAAGCAUUUCCGUGCUUAUGCGAAAACUACUACCCAGCCGCAGCAGACUUCAAGGCCGUCGUCUAGCACUGCGGGUCCUAGCGGAAGGCAGCAGGGAACGCCUUGGAAGUGCGGGAACCACAAGAGGCCCUUCCAGCAGGGGCAGCAGGCUGACCACAAGGCCAAGAAGGUCAACGAGGGUGGACCAAGCAAUGUCCAGAGCUGCUUCAAGUGCGGCAAGCCUGGACACAAGGGCUAUGAGUGCCGCCACCGCAAGGCGGUGAAGUACUCUGGCAAGUCCAAGACGGACAACAAGCGCCAUGAUGGCAGUGGUCCCUCGGGCAGCCAGCGGGAUUUUGCAAAGCCCAACUAG